ACUUUCUCUCCAUCAAGCAUCUCUCUCUCUCUCUCACGCAAACACAAACAAGCGUUAUGGAGGUGACCAAUAUAGCUCAAAAAUCGCCAUCGCUUCCAUGGAAGACCCGAUUAACCGUUUCUAUCCUCUGCGCCGCCACCGAUGCCUCUCAACGCCGCGAUGGCACCGUCAACCGGCGCCUCCUCGGCUUCUUUAACUUCAAAGCUCCCCCUAACCCCAACCCCAUCAACGGCGUCGAAACCUCCGACAUCACCGCCGAUCCCUCUCGCAACCUCUGGUUCCGCCUCUUCGUCCCCACCAAUCCCGACCAAACGCUCCCCGUCAUCGUCUUCUUCCACGGCGGCGGAUUCGUCUACCUCACCGCCGACUCCAAGGCCUACGACGCCGUCUGCCGCCGAUUCGCCCGCAAAGUCCCUGCCAUUGUCGUCUCCGUCAACUACCGCCUCGCUCCCGAACACCGCUACCCUGCUCAAUACGACGACGGUUUCGACGUCCUCAAAUUCCUCGACGACAACAAAUCUCAAGUCCUACCGGAAAACGCAGACCUCUCUCGGUGCUUCCUCGCCGGCGACAGCGCCGGCGCCAAUCUCGCUCAUCACGUCGCGUAUCGAGCCGCGGAAUCAAAUUUCCAGAAAUUGAAGGUGGUGGGGCUGGUGGCGAUACAACCGUUCUUCGGCGGAGAAGAGAGGACAGAGCCGGAGACGAGGCUAUCGCAGCUAGUGUCGAUGAAGAGAACAGACUGGCUGUGGAAGGCGUUCAUACCGGAGGAGGAGUGGGUGGGGAGGGAUCACGAGGCUAUAAACGUGAGCGGGCCGAGAGCGGCGAAGAUAGCGGCGGUGGAGAGGUUUCCGGCGACGAUGGUAUUUGUGGGAGGGUUCGACGCGUUGCAGGAGUGGCAGAGGAGGUACUACAACUGGCUCAAGAACUCCGGCAAAGACGUCCACCUGGUGGAGUACCCUAACAUGAUUCAUGCUUUCUACAUUUUCCCUGAAUUGCCGGAAUCUGGGGAGUUGAUUUCUCAGGUCACUCAUUUCAUUCACAAGCACUAGGCCUAAUAUUAGCCUACAAGUUACAGUUAUUAUUAUGCUCUUCACAGCUAAUUUAUGUUUUGUUUAUUAUUAUUGGUAUUAAUCUAUAAAUGUUUUACCUUUUUAAUCAUUUUA